CUGGGAGCGUUGCUGCGCGCAGGGGGGGAAGCCGCCACUCUUGCUGCAGAACUCCCCCUCCUCUCCCUCUCUUGCUCCCUCCAUCUCCUCCCGUCCCCGCAUCCGUGCAUGGUGGCGCCGCCAUGGCUUGGCCCUGCAUCAGCCGAGUGUGCUGCCUGGCGCGCUUCUGGAACCAGCUGGACAAGUCGGACCUGUCCGUGCCGCUCACCAUCCACAAUUACUCCGACAUCGACGAGCCGGCCGACGAGGGGACGGACACGGCCGGCGCCCCGCCGCCUCGGAUCCCAACAGGUGGCAGCACCAGCAGCCGCCCCCACCAGACCCACCCGCGGGCGGCCACCGCCGCGCUGCCCGUCUCGGCGUCCGCCCCGUCGCUGCAGGACGGCCUGGGGGGCGUCAAGAGGCCGUCGAAGAAGUCGCGCGGCGGCUACCGGAAAGAGCCCUUCGCCGCUGAGACUCAGUACCAGCAGGAUUUCCAAGCGUGGCCGGUGCAGAAGCGGGACGCCCUGCCCUGGAUCGGGGAGUACAGGCGGGUGGAAGCCCCCGGGGCGCUCCCCGCCGCUGCCGCCGUCCCAACCGCCCCUUCCCACGCCGCGAUCCCGGGGGGCUCCCACGUGUACGUGCUGCCGGCGGCCGGGCAGGAGGUGGUGGGUAGCAAGUACAGCGGCUUUAAGCAGGUGUGGUCCUCCUCUUCGCCGCCAGGCGGCCCCGAAACCUCCUCCUACAGGCAUGAGUAUCGUCCAUGGACUGGAGCAAAACGAUCAAGGCCUACAAAGACAACACAGGGUUUCAUUAUUCCAGAGGAUCACUUUGCGCAAGAAUCCAGCUACAAAGCAGACUUUAAGGGAGGCAUCUGAGGAAGAAUAAAGUCUGCAAUUCUAAACAUGAUUCCAGAAAUGAAGACUAAGUUUUCUCCGAAUCCUUCUGCCGUUUUCCAGGCACCAUCUCGCAUCCUCAAUGUAUGAAUCUGGAUCAUGCACAUUGCCCAUCCAGGCAGCUUGAAUGUUAAGGUUGUGAAAAUGUACAGCUAUGCAACUUUCACGAGUGGUGUUGAGAUAAGAACAAGGAUUAUUAAAAGCAGCUACAGCGAAUACCAGAAUUUAUGCAUCUAUUACGAACAUGUAAAUCAAAAAGCACUUGAGUUUGAGAUGGUGGAAUAUACUAGGGGAGAAUGACCUACUUUCAUAGAAAUAGGCUCAUUAACAGUGGGCUGACUGGCUUCAGUAUUCCGGAUAUUGACGUUGGUCAGCAAAAAGCAGCAUUUUAAGCUAUAAGCUUAUGCUGAAGAACACGAUGGAGCAGGGCUGAGUAAGGUGUAUAGUAAAACACUCCCCUCUCAAUGUUGUGUAGCUACACUGAUAAGAAAUGAAAGUGAGACUUGGUAGCUUUUGAACAUUGCUGUUUCUUUUUAGAUCUGGGGAUCAACCUCAAAGCAUAUAUCGUAUUGUUGCAAAGACUUUUGAUGUCUCCUUGCUGAGGGUCAUUCAAGGUGAAUAGUGUGGCCCUUGAGCAGUUUGCCCUAGAUCGUGCUCCACACGAAUGCUGACUGGAUUUUACAGGGUUCUGAACAAACAGAAGCAAUAUUUUAUCUUUCAGAGGCCCUUACUCCGGUUAAAUACUUCACCAGGUUCCUUCCAUUCUGUGGAGCUCUUUUGAAAGGAGCUGUGGUUGGUUUCAAGAUUGUUUCUCUUUUGGAGAGAGGUUUUCCUAGGUCUCACAGUCUCACAUUUCUGCUUUAUUUCCUCCUGGAUAGGCCAAACCUUUUAUUUCCUAAGAGCCCAGUCCUUGGUCAUUCUGAGGCAAGGCACAAGCUGCUCUUAAGUUGGUGUGCAUACACACUCAAUAUUGACAUCCAUUUUAGAAUACUCCCAAAGGUCUGGAGCCUUUAUUCUGGAACUGAAAAUCAAGACUUGAUCAAGAUUUAUUUCUAUCCCACAUCUUUAGUAGGCCAAAAGAAUCCCCAGAGCGAUACUAUUGAAUGAAAUUGGAAUUUUUUUAAAAGCUUGAUGACUUUAUUUAUUUGUACUCAAUAGGGCCUUGAGAUAGUGUACAUUAAAGCAUCUAAAUAAAACAAAAACCAUAGAAAUAUAACUAAAAACACAAGAUAACAGCCAAAGGAUCACAGCACCAUAAACAUUUCCUAAUGUUAAUACCUAGCACCAACUACUGCUGGGCCUACAUACAAUAGCUAGGAUACACCUGUGAAAAGUAGUAGGCCUCACAUUUAUGGUCACUGAGGUAUAUUUAUGUACCGUAUUUCUCCAGGAAGUUCAUUCCACAACUUUGGUAUAGCCACCCUGAAGUACCUGUUACAUCUUUAGGGUUGGGGAAACUAUUACAUCCUGUGGAGGAAAAACCCAUCGGAGGCAAAUUGCAAGGGAAAUUGAAACUUUCCCGACACAGUACCAGCUUUUAUUGGGAACUGGUAGCACUAACUUGUUUAGCUCACAACUUUGCAAUGGACCAGAUGUUAAAGCAAUGACCAAUUCAAGUUGUAAUAGUGCUAUUUAAUAUGUAUGUAAAUAUUGUACAUAGAACAGAUGAUUUCCCCCCUCAAAAUAAUAAUAAGA